AUGGCUGACGUGCGAGAAGAAAAUGAUCAGGUUCCUGGACGAGUUAGGGAAGAGUUAUGUUUGCCGUGUACACGAAAGGAUAAACAGACAGUUGCUUCAGUGUUUUGUUAUGAUUGUGACAAUUUUCAAUGUAAACAAUGCGCGGACGUUCAUAAUAUGUUUGAUGUUAUGAAAGAUCACAAGAUGGCGAAGGCAAGUGAAAUCACGACAAAGCCUGUAGCAUUCGAAAUGAAAGGAUUAGACCAGUGUUACACACACGGAAAGCUAUUCGAAUUUAUAUGUAAAAAUCAUAAUAAGCUUUGUUGCAGUACAUGUGCCAUAAUUAAUCACCGGGCAUGUGACAGUGUAGUAGAAAUACACAACGUCGCAGAUGUUUCCGAAGAAACGAGUAUGGAAAUACGAUCACGUCUCGUUGUUGCGAAAGAGUUAUGCGAUUCUGCUGUAAUGCAUUGGACAUCGACCGAGAUAUCGUUACGUGAUAGUGUUAAAAAUCUACCAGAAAAAAUCAACAAUAUAAGGGCUCGGAUGAACAAAAGAUUCGAUGACCUUUUGCAAGACGUCGUUAAAGAUAGCGCUACAUUCGAGAAGUUUCAGCUAGAAAAAGGAAGAGAGAAUAUUUCCAAAUGUGACGGCUUAGUGAAACGGUUCCAGGCAUCCUUGAAGUUUCUAGAUGAAGUUAGUCUUCAUGGUACAGCUGUACAAAAAUUCAUAGCUGAGCAUGAAAUAAAUGAGCAGGUAAAACUCGCACAGAAAGAAGUCGAGCGUGAAUGUAGUCAGCUUGAAACUGCUGAUAUAUCAUUCAACCUGAAUGAAACCUCGACACUAAAAUACAUCAUAGAAGGCAAGGAUCGACUUGGAACUCUGAAAACAGAGACCAACAAAGUAACAAUAGAUCAUGUUCGAGGACAUAAACCUGUGAAGCUCGAACUUAUAAAAACCAAAACCAUUACGAAGUCUGAAAAUAAUGAAGAUAAUCCUCAUUUAAAUGGGAUUGGUUUCCUUCCUUGCGGACGAUUGAUCGCGAUAGAUAACAUGAACGAUGAAUUACUGGUUUUUAACGAUUCGUUGGAGAAAAAUGGUUCUUUCUUGUUGUCUUACCAUCCACUAAGUGUUGUUGCCUUAUCUGAAGAUACAAUAGGUGUUACAUCUGUCACAGGUGGGAACCAUCAGAUAGAAUUUCUACAUGUCAGUAAAUCUAGUGAAAUAACUAACAUGAAAACGUACAAAGUAAAUGGAAGUUACAAUUCAGUAUGCUUAAAAGACGACGAUCACCUUGUUGUUGGAACUUUCAAUGACAUCAAAUUAGCACGUAUUCUGUCACUGUCAGGAGAAGAGAAAGACUUUAGUGUAAAUUUUCAUCCAAAAGCUUAUCACCAUGACGCAGUAGCAUGCACUUAUAUUAAGGAAUGUGAUAAAGUGAUAAUCAGUGACCAGGACGAGAAUUUGGUUUACAUAUAUGACGUCGCAACCAACUCAAGAGUUAUCGUCAGGGACAGCAGAAUUGACAAACCUACAGGUGUUGCUGUCGGUCCAAUGAACUGUGUAUUUGUCUGCUGUCAAAACACUGAUUCUGUCGUACAGAUUUCUCCGACGGGUGUGAUCCUAUCAUCCCAUACGUUAGAUAUGAGGCACCCAUUUCGGGUUUGUGUUUCGAAAGACAAAACCAAACUUGCUGUAUCAAAUAGGCGCACAGGGAAGAAAACAUUACAGGUUUUUAAGAUAAACUAG